GCGCGCGCUUGAACACCUUCGUCCCCCGGCCUCUCGGAUGAGCGACAGCUCCCCAGGCCAAUAGAACCACCCCUUCUACGCAAGAGGGCGGGCACUCCCUGCCCGACGGACCAAUGGCAACACCGCUGCCUGAGCAGUGGCGUCCGUGAAGGGGGGGCCGGAGGAGGGGCAGGAGUUUAGGAAGAGGAGGGAAUGGCUGUCAUCAAUGAAGUCAUGUUCGUAGUCUAGUCCCUCGCUCCGGUUCUGGACUCGGGUGACUCACUGAGGGGGGAGAGGAGCGACAGUCAGCACGGCACUCCGCCCGGGCGGAAGAACUAUUCUGCUAAUUGAAAAGGAGACAGAAAAUAGAUGUCCACGCCUACAGACCCUGGCGCCAUGCCUCAUCCUGGUCCUUCCCCUGGACCAGGACCUUCACCUGGACCGAUUCUGGGACCUAGCCCAGGACCAGGGCCAUCUCCUGGCUCCGUUCACAGCAUGAUGGGGCCAAGUCCUGGUCCACCCAGUGUCCCACAUCCAAUGCCAACAAUGGGGCCUACAGAUUAUCCACAGGAAGGCAUGCAUCAAAUGCAUAAGUCUAUUGAUGGCUUGCAUGAAAAAGGAAUGGUUGAAGAUGUUCAUUGUGGCUCCAUGAAGAGUAUGCGACCUCCUCAUCCUGGAAUGGGUCCACCUCAGAGUCCAAUGGACCAGCAUAGCCAAGGUUAUAUGUCUCCACAUCCGUCUCCACUAGGAGCACCAGAGCAUGUGUCCAGUCCAAUGUCUGGAGGAGGUCCAACACCACCUCAGAUGACUCCCAGUCAGCCAGGACCCAUUAUAGCUGGAGACCCACAAGUUAUGAAUCAGCCUAACAGAGGGCCUUCCCCUUUCAGCCCUGCACAGCUGCAUCAGCUGCGGGCUCAGAUUCUAGCAUACAAAAUGCUGGCUAGGGGUCAGCCCUUGCCAGAAAACCUCCAGCUUGCUGUCCAGGGCAAGAGAACUCUGCCUGGCAUUCAACAGCAGCAGCCUCCCAGUGCCUUCAACAGGCAGUCUGGUAUUGGAUUACACGCAAUGAGUGGCACUGCUGCUGGGCCAGGGGCUGCACCAGGGAUGCCUGGACAUACAACUGCCAUUACCCCUAAAACAUGGACUGAAGGCCAAGCCCCAGAUAUGAGCGUCUCUAAUGCACAGCAGAAGCUUCCAGCACCAGCUCCUAGUGGGAGGCCUUCUCCUGCUCCUGCUGCUGCCCAGCCUGCUGCCACCAUGCCUGGGCCCUCUGUACCACAGCCCCCGCCUGGACAACCUUCACCCAUUGUCCAGCUGCAGCAGAAGCAGAACCGCAUCAGCCCUAUCCAGAAGCCACAAGGACUAGAUCCUGUUGAAAUACUCCAAGAACGUGAAUAUAGACUUCAGGCUCGAAUUGCUCACAGAAUCCAGGAACUGGAGAACUUGCCUGGUUCUCUGCCCCCUGAUCUGCGGACCAAAGCUACAGUGGAAUUGAAGGCACUUCGGUUACUGAAUUUCCAACGCCAGUUAAGACAAGAGGUAGUAGCCUGUAUGCGUCGUGACACAACACUGGAGACAGCAUUGAACUCCAAAGCCUACAAACGAAGCAAGCGGCAGACUUUAAGAGAGGCUCGUAUGACAGAAAAGCUUGAAAAACAGCAGAAGAUAGAACAGGAAAGGAAGCGUAGGCAGAAGCACCAGGAAUACCUGAAUAGCAUAUUGCAGCAUGCUAAAGAUUUUAAAGAGUACCACCGGUCAGUUGCUGGGAAAAUUCAGAAACUUUCUAAAGCUGUGGCAACUUGGCAUGCCAACACUGAACGUGAGCAGAAGAAAGAAACUGAGAGAAUUGAGAAAGAAAGAAUGAGGAGACUAAUGGCCGAAGAUGAAGAAGGCUACCGUAAGCUGAUUGAUCAAAAGAAAGACCGACGCCUGGCCUACCUGUUGCAGCAGACAGAUGAGUAUGUGGCUAACUUGACUAACCUGGUAUGGGAGCAUAAACAGGCGCAAGCAGCCAAAGAGAAGAAGAAGCGAAGGAGAAGAAAGAAGAAAGCCGAAGAAAAUGCAGAAGGAAUGGCAUCUGGUCUUGGUCCUGAUGGAGAGCCCAUAGAUGAGAGCAGUCAGAUGAGUGACCUUCCAGUCAAAGUGACUCACACUGAAACUGGCAAAGUUCUUCUUGGCCCAGAAGCACCCAAAGCAAGUCAGCUGGAUGCUUGGCUGGAAAUGAACCCUGGCUAUGAAGUUGCUCCCAGAUCAGACAGUGAAGAUGAAAGUGGCUCUGAAUAUGAGGAGGAGGAUGAGGAAGAAGAAUCAAGCAAAUUAGAAACAGAUGAGAAGAUAGUCCUGGAUCCUAACAGUGAGGAAGUUUCUGAGAAAGAUGCAAAGCAAAUAAUUGAGACAGCCAAACAAGAUGUGGAUGAUGAAUAUAGCAUGCAAUAUAGUGCUAGAGGGUCUCAGUCCUACUACACUGUUGCUCAUGCUAUCACUGAAAGGGUGGAAAAGCAGUCUUCCCUUCUUAUUAAUGGCACCUUAAAACAUUAUCAGCUCCAGGGACUGGAGUGGAUGGUUUCUCUCUAUAAUAACAAUCUGAAUGGAAUUUUAGCAGAUGAAAUGGGACUAGGAAAGACAAUACAAACUAUUGCUCUCAUCACUUACCUGAUGGAGCACAAAAGACUCAAUGGCCCCUAUCUCAUCAUUGUUCCCUUAUCGACUUUAUCAAAUUGGACAUAUGAAUUUGACAAAUGGGCUCCUUCGGUGGUGAAGAUAUCUUACAAGGGUACACCCGCAAUGCGCCGCUCACUUGUUCCUCAGCUUCGAAGUGGAAAAUUUAAUGUUCUUUUAACUACUUAUGAGUACAUAAUAAAGGACAAACAUAUCCUUGCUAAGAUUCGGUGGAAGUACAUGAUAGUAGAUGAGGGCCAUCGAAUGAAGAACCAUCACUGCAAGCUGACUCAGGUCUUGAAUACUCACUAUGUGGCCCCUCGGCGAAUCCUGCUGACUGGGACUCCUUUGCAGAACAAAUUGCCUGAACUUUGGGCUCUCCUCAAUUUCCUUCUUCCAACCAUUUUCAAGAGCUGCAGCACCUUUGAGCAGUGGUUCAACGCUCCAUUUGCCAUGACUGGAGAAAGGGUGGACUUAAAUGAAGAAGAAACUAUUCUGAUCAUCCGUCGUCUGCAUAAAGUGCUUCGGCCCUUCUUGCUGAGAAGACUGAAGAAGGAGGUUGAGUCUCAACUGCCAGAAAAGGUGGAAUAUGUGAUCAAAUGUGAUAUGUCAGCUCUUCAAAAGAUCCUGUACCGUCACAUGCAAGCCAAGGGAAUCCUUCUCACAGAUGGUUCUGAAAAAGACAAGAAGGGAAAAGGGGGAGCAAAAACUCUUAUGAACACUAUCAUGCAAUUGAGAAAGAUAUGCAAUCACCCAUACAUGUUUCAACACAUUGAGGAGUCCUUUGCUGAACAUCUGGGCUACUCAAAUGGGGUCAUUAAUGGAGCUGAACUUUAUCGAGCCUCAGGGAAGUUUGAGCUACUCGAUCGUAUUCUGCCAAAGUUACGAGCUACUAACCAUCGUGUACUUCUUUUCUGUCAAAUGACAUCGCUCAUGACCAUUAUGGAAGACUACUUUGCAUUUCGCAAUUUCCUUUACCUGCGUCUUGAUGGCACAACAAAAUCAGAGGAUCGAGCUGCUCUGUUGAAGAAGUUCAAUGAACCUGGAUCACAAUACUUUAUCUUCUUGCUGAGUACAAGGGCUGGAGGGCUAGGCUUAAAUCUCCAGGCUGCUGACACUGUUAUAAUCUUUGAUAGUGACUGGAAUCCUCAUCAGGACUUGCAGGCCCAGGAUAGAGCUCACCGAAUUGGUCAGCAGAAUGAAGUUAGAGUCCUGCGACUCUGCACUGUGAACAGUGUGGAAGAGAAGAUACUUGCUGCGGCAAAGUAUAAGCUGAAUGUAGAUCAAAAAGUUAUUCAGGCAGGAAUGUUUGAUCAGAAAUCUUCAAGCCAUGAGAGGAGAGCUUUCCUCCAAGCUAUAUUGGAGCAUGAAGAAGAAAAUGAGGAAGAAGAUGAAGUUCCUGAUGAUGAGACACUGAAUCAGAUGAUUGCUCGACGUGAGGAGGAAUUUGAUCUCUUUAUGCGCAUGGACAUGGAUCGUCGCAGGGAGGAUGCCAGAAACCCUAAACGUAAACCUCGCUUGAUGGAGGAGGAUGAAUUACCAUCCUGGAUUAUUAAGGAUGAUGCUGAAGUUGAAAGGCUCACAUGUGAAGAAGAAGAAGAGAAAAUAUUUGGAAGAGGAUCCCGUCAGCGCAGGGAUGUGGACUACAGUGAUGCUCUCACAGAGAAACAGUGGCUGCGGGCAAUUGAAGACGGCAAUUUGGAAGAAAUGGAGGAGGAAGUCCGGCUUAAAAAGCGAAAGAGACGAAGAAACGUGGAUAAGGACUCUGGGAAGGAGGAUGGAGAGAAAGCAAAGAAAAGAAGAGGCAGACCUCCUGCAGAGAAGUUGUCGCCCAAUCCACCCAAACUGACAAAACAAAUGAAUGCCAUCAUUGAUACUGUGAUAAACUACAAGGACAGUUCAGGACGGCAGCUAAGUGAAGUCUUCAUUCAGCUCCCAUCCAGGAAAGAACUACCAGAGUAUUAUGAAUUGAUUAGGAAACCAGUGGACUUCAAAAAGAUAAAGGAACGAAUUCGCAACCAUAAAUAUCGGAGUCUUGGGGAUUUGGAAAAAGAUGUCAUGUUGCUGUGUCACAAUGCACAGACAUUCAACUUGGAGGGAUCUCAGAUCUAUGAGGACUCCAUUGUUCUUCAGUCUGUGUUCAAAAGUGCACGACAGAAGAUAGCCAAAGAAGAAGAAAGUGAGGAUGAAAGCAAUGAUGAUGAAGAAGAAGAUGAGGAAGAAGAAUCAGAAUCAGAAUCAAAAUCAGUGAAAGUCAAAAUCAAGUUGAAUAAGAAGGAUGAAAAAAGUCGGGAGAAAGGAAAAGGCAAGAAGAGGCAAAGCAGAGGAAAAGCCAAGCCUGUCGUGAGUGAUGAUGAUAGUGAUGAGGAUCAAGAUGAAAAUGACCAGUCGGAAGCAAGCGGAAGUGAUGAUGAGUGAUCCAUAGGGUUUAUUUUCUUGGCAGAACUGACCCCUUCCCCUUCUCUUCUCUUUUCUCCUAUUUUACACCCAGUGAAUUCUUUUUGUCAAAUAGACAUUGGGUCAUUUCUGUAUUCUCAUUCUCUAUAAAUUAGCUUUAGGAUAGUGCCAGACAAACAUAUGAUAUCAUGGUGUAAAAAAGGCAAAAAAAUGUAACAUAUUGUGACCAAAUGGGCCUCAAAAAACAACAGAGAAACCUUUUGAGGGAAAAUGUGGGUUGAUAGUAUAUUUCUAUGGACUGGUUUUGACUUGGUAAUGGUUUGAUUGUGCCUGGUUUUAUCGUUUGAUAAGGUUUUUUUCAGUGGCAUCAGAAAGGCAACAAAAAAAAAGUCUUUUGUAGCAUUGAUAACCAGGAGAAGUCAUUAAAAGCCACUGGUUAUUUUAUUUUUCAUCAGGCCGUUUUCAAAUUUUUUAUUUGUCCUGUAUUGGUUUUUUACACUGUGGUACAUAUAUGCAACUUUGUUUAAUAGCUUCUAAAUGUUCAGUAGUUAGCUUUCAUACACCUUACCCUAUAUACAUUUUUCCACUUUAUGCUUGAUGAUCUUCAGAAAAAGCCUUUUUGAAUUGUAUCAAAUUUAUGUCUACUGUAAACUUUGCUUAACUUUUUUUUCUCUAUUAAAGAAGUUGGUUUAAAAAUGCUAUUGAAUAUUGCAAUCUAUAUAGUGUAACGUAUGGCUUCUUUCAUCAGACUGAUCUUCUAUGUUACCAAUGUGGAUUAUCACCUUUUCCCUAAAGUGUACUUAAUCUUUGCUUUCUUUGCACAAUGUCUUUGGUUGCAAGUCAUAAGCCUGAGGCAAAUAAAAUUCCAGUAAUUUUGAAGAA